AUGAGUGUAGCGGUGGCAGAGGGCUGCUUUCUGUCCGCUCUGCAGCCCAACUCGUCCUGCACCGCCUAUGGGCUUCCCUCGGACGGUAUGUCUCCGGCCAGGAGGGUCCGAGAGCAGGUUCGGAUGCGACUGGCUGAGAAGAAGUCCUCCUCCCUGCCCAGGCUGGACGACUCUCUCUGUGGAUCAACAGACUACAGCUUUCCUGAGGCAAAGAGCUUUUCCCACAGCCACGGUUUCAGUUCCAGAUCCAUGAUACACACACCCAGCCGCGUCAUGGCUAUGCCCACAGCAACCCUUCGCUCCUCUGGUUUCUCCUCUCGCUCUGCUGUGGAAAGCAGCUCCAAGGUGAACCAUAAAGCCUCCAACAAGGCCCAGAGCAGCUUCCAGUCCUUCCAGUCCCAGAGCAGAAGUAGACGCUCCAAGUCACUGUGCCAAGCAGACCAGGAGGCACUUCCUCUCACUGUGCUGCCUCCUCCAGAGAACGCGUCCUACAUGAUUACCGUGCCUCCCUCUGGCACCCUAAGGCGCAGCCUCAGCGGGACACUGGCCCAGGACAGAGGCUACUGGCAGGCCGAGGAACUGCCGUCUCAGUACACCUACAAAGGCCCGUCCCACCGCACCAUCAGCAGAAUCACCAACCGACAGCAGCAGCAACAGCAGCAGAGCACUGCCUUUGGCCAGGAGGGCUGGGUGGGGACUGGCAGGGGCGUUCCCAUGGCAGGGGACGGCUGGGGGACACAGUGGCAGCAGCAUGUGUCCAGGGCCAACCAUGCCGUGGGGACGGGCCAGUACCAAGCCUCGCUCCACCGGGCCGCAUCGCUCCGCAGUCUGAGGAGUGUCGGGAGAGGAGUGGAUAUCUUGGAUGGAGCGUCGAUACACAGCAACGACCCACUGGAAGAUGUGCAGAGUCUGGACAUGGCUACAGCUGUCAGAUAUCUGUCUGAGUCAGACGAUGCCCUGCAAGUUCUGGGAGCUGCAUACAUACAACACCAGUGUUACCAUAGCAAUGACGCCAAAAACCAGGUCCGUACUCUCCAUGGCAUCCCAGCUCUUGUUCAGCUUUUCUCCAGUGACAGCCUAGAAGUGCAGCGCUUUGCCACCGGCGCCACGCGGAACCUCAUCUACGAGAAUGCUCACAACAAGGCGGCACUCAUCGACGCCGGCGGAGUGAUGCGCCUGGUCAGCAUCCUGAGCAAACCUGACGAGGAGCUUCGAAAGACCAUCACAGGUGUCCUGUGGAAUCUGUCCUCCAGAGACAACCUGAAGGAGAAGCUGUCCAAAGAAGCUUUAUCAGAGCUGACAGAGAACGUACUGAUCCCUCUGUGCAGCAGCAUGCCACUCAGCCCGUCUGAGAGAGACAUCUUCUACAACACCAGCGGCUGCCUCAGGAACUUGAGCUCAGUGAAUGAGAGGACGAGACAGAAGAUGAGAGACAUGCGAGGCCUGGUGGACUCUCUGGUGUCCUACAUUCAACAAGCGGACAGGGCAGAUGACAAGGGUUUGGAGAAUUCAUUAUGUGUGAUGAGGAAUCUGUCCUACCAGCUGUACACGGAGCUUCCUCCUUCUGUCCGACUCCGUCUGGAGGGCCAGACGAGAGCCUCGGCCUCCAGGGACAGCGAGGCCAUCGGCUGCUUUACUCUGCAUAACAAAAAGGACACUGAGCGUAACCAGAAUCUGUUCAUAUUGUCUGAGGUGUCUCGACAACCUAAGGGCCCUGAGUGGCUGUGGCACCCUAAUGUUGUGGCGCUCUACAAGCUCGUUCUACAGAACAACGACUGCAGUUCCACCAGCCGCGAGGCUGCCAUAGGUGCCCUGCAAAAUCUCACUGCUGGGGAGGCCAGGUGGUCAUCGGUACUGAGUGGUGUGGUGCUGGAGCAGGAGAGGAUGCUGCCCAUCCUCCUGGAUCUGUUAGACACCAACAGUGAUAUGGAGCUGAGGUCUUUGACCGGUCUGCUGAGAAAUCUGGCCAGACACUCCACCAAGAAAGACCACAUGGCUAAGAGCAUGGUGAACAUUCUGGUGUCCAAGUUGCCCAGUGAUGGCCUGCAAAAAACUCCAUCCAGCGAGGUGGUGGUCAACAUCUGUGGAGCCCUCAAUCACCUGGUCGCCUGCAGUUCCUUGGCAGCCCGUGACAUCUCAUAUUUCAACGGCUUGCCCAAACUGUUGGGCAUUAAGACAUCCCAUGAUAACAGCUCUGGGAGUCUAAAAGCCGCCAGAGCCGCCUCCACUGUCCUCUGCAACAUGUUCCAGUACAACAAACUGCACAAGGACUACAAACUGAAAGGAUUUACCAGACAAGACUUCAAAGAUGGCACCAUCUAGGCCGCAGCACAUUACGUGAUUCACCCUGCGCUUUCGACCUCAGGAUCAAGGUUGCUGUGAGGAAAUAGACGAGGGACGACAGAGCAGAUAAUCUAACUGUGACGGA